AUGAAUAUAGACGCUACUACCAAUUAUUCAGGAGCCUUGAUCUUCUGGGCAUAUAUCGCAGCUGCCCUGGCCUCUACUGGAGUUGUCUUGAACACCAUUAGACAGUCAUACCUCCAGAACAAUGGCAGAUCGGAAAUCCCUCCUUUACUCAAAAUCCUGGCCAUAUCCAGUUUCGCUACCCUUUCCUACUAUAUGCUCAACUUCUUGAUCCUCUCCUACCAACAAUGGACAGCUCGCCAUAAUAUCCCUUUGGGAGCCUUGAUCGGAUCAAACAGGACACCUCUACAUUUGUGGCAAUGGUCAAUCACCUCUUCACUAUUUCGGAAUUUUGGAGAAGCCAUCGUGGCCACCAAAUCUCGUUAUCUGCUUUCUUCCUCUGGUUUGUGGUCUACUCUGGCGGUCACAAUAUACAUGGGCAUCGAGGGCAGAAGAUGCAAAGUACCCAAUCUCUGGGCUUUCUUUGCACUUCUCGAGAUCCUGCCUACUUCGUUUACACAAACGCUGUUUUAUAUCAUGCUUUGCACUAAGCCACAGUCGGCGAACUCGAAUCAUCAACUGCUGUCUUACUGGCCUUUCUGGUAUUCUGUGCCUCUGCUAUACAACUAUUGCCUCAGCAAAGCACCCGAUUAUGCCGGGGAGGGAGAGUGGCUCAUCUAUACUAUCCUUGCUGCGCGUCUGUUGCUUGUUCUCCCGCUGGUUCUUCCUCUGCGCAGCUUGAGCAAUGAAGCUCCAGGAACUAGCCCCAAUACAUUCCAGCAUGUGGCCACUCUACGCUUAUUCACCUUCUCGAUGACUGUUCAAUAUCUCACUCAAAAGAGGAUCGGAGAUCUGGGGCCGUGGGACCAGAUGCCUGCAGUCUUGUUCGAGGCAUUGAACAGUCACCCGGCAGUCCAGACUUUGAGCUACGAUCUGUUACACAGUGUUGUUGCUUUUGGUUGUUGGAUGCUACGGAAGGAACAUGCUGAACUAGUUGUGGCUGAUGGAGCANAAGAGCAAAAGCCUCCACUCAAGAAAGGACGCUAA